CUGAGGAGCGCCGCAGUCCAUCAGAAAAUGCCUUCUGAAAUCCCUGGGGAUGCACAGGGGUUCUGGGGCUGGUAGUGAUUUCUGUUGCUUUGCAUGAUGUAACCCUUGUUUGUGAGCAGCUGCCCUUCUUACGGUUCCUUGCUGUGAUGCCUUGUGCUGCUCUCGGCUGCCUGGACCAGCCUUCAUUUGGAGUAACAGCAGCUCUGGAGUGUGAUCUAGUUCUGCUGCAGCGUGGGCCCAUGCAUGAGCAGCCUGACCCUGAUGGCCUCUGGAUUGCUCCCAAUCAGCCUCUCCAAGGGGAUUCCACACUUCAGCAAGCCUGAAUGACAUUUUCCUGUUUAUUUUGUUUUCUAGUCACUUCUGGUUUUGAGCUUUUUAGGUGAAUUGUUUUUAUACUUGGGUGCUUUGUGAAACCUGCCAUAGCCUUUUUGAUCAAGAAGGAGGGUUUGGAUGCAUUUGGGUCAGGAGGUGCCCUGCAGGGUCAAACAGCAGGGGAACCAAGCUCUGCUGGGACUGUGUGCAUCCACCUCCCCCUUCCCUGGUGGCAUAUGGGACCUUUCCUUAGUCACUGCUCAGGCUAAGUUUAGCCACAGACUCUGACCUUUAGGAAUGGUGGGUGUGCUGUGACACCCAACUGCCCUUUUUCAGCAGAAAUAGGGGUGUCCUGUUCGGCUCAUGCAUGGGGACUUACUUCCCCUAAGUGUCUGGAUUUAAUAACCAUGCAUGUAUGUAUGCAGCUCCUGUUCUAGGUGGCCUGGGGCUUCCUGGGAUUUUGCAGUGCUGGGGUGGCACUCCUGGAGAUGCUAUGGGAGCUCUGCCCAUGCAGAUGAGCCCUGGCUGCUGUCACAGACGCUCCCUGCCCUUUCCAGCUUAGGUCAGGAUGUCAUGCCUUAAAUUUGUCGCUUACAAACAUGUGCUGACUGGGGCUCUUAAAGGCCAGCUGCAAUCUGAGCGUGUGCUUUGGAGUGACCCACUGUGCUGGUGAUCCUGGAGUGCUCUCACCUUAAGAAUCAGCUUUUCUUAUGGUGGUGGGGGCACUGGUGCAGUGCCAACCUUGCAAACAGAGUUUGAGCUGUGCAGUUGUAUGCCAGGAGCAGGAAUUCUGCUUUCUGCUGAGGAAACGCUUUGUCCUUUGCAGAUCUGUGAUCCCCAACCGAGUCAUCGCCGACUUGAUUCAAGAUGCCACCGGCCAUUGGAGGCCCCGUAGGAUACACUCCUCCUGAAGGAGGAUGGGGAUGGGCUGUGGUCAUCGGAGCCUUCAUCUCCAUUGGCUUUUCCUAUGCCUUCCCCAAAUCUAUCACAGUGUUCUUCAAAGAGAUUGAGGUCAUCUUCAAUGCGUCCAGCAGCAAAGUCUCCUGGAUCUCCUCCAUCAUGCUGGCUGUUAUGUAUGCAGGAGGUCCCAUCAGCAGCAUCCUGGUGAACAAGUAUGGCAGCCGGCCCAUCAUGAUCGCAGGCGGCUGCCUGUCCGGCUGUGGGCUGAUCGCAGCCUCCUUCUGCAACACGGUGGAGGAGCUCUACUUCUGUGUUGGGGUCAUAGGGGGUCUUGGACUUGCCUUCAACCUGAACCCUGCCUUAACCAUGAUUGGCAAGUACUUCUUCAAGAAGCGUCCACUGGCCAAUGGGCUGGCGAUGGCGGGCAGCCCUGUCUUCCUCUCUACCCUGGCACCCGUCAACCAGCUCUUCUUUGGCAUAUUUGGCUGGCGUGGCAGCUUCCUCAUCCUGGGUGGCCUCCUCCUGAACUGCUGCGUGGCUGGAUCCCUGAUGCGGCCCAUAGGUCCCAAGCCAGAUCAGCUGAAGAAAGAGGCCAAUAAGGAAGUGCAGCAGGAGGCUGGGAAGGCAGGCAAAAAGGAUGAUGGUGACACCAGCACGGACCUGAUUGAUGGAAAGGCCAAGAAAGAGAAGAGCUCGUUCUUCCAGACAAUCAACAAAUUCUUGGACCUGUCUCUGUUCACACACAGGGGCUUCUUGCUCUAUCUGUCAGGCAACGUAAUCAUGUUCUUUGGGUUGUUCGCUCCCUUGGUCUUCCUCAGCAAUUAUGCAAAGAGCAAGAAGAUUGCUAGUGACUCUGCAGCCUUUCUGCUCUCCAUACUGGCCUUUGUGGACAUGGUGGCCAGACCUUCCAUGGGACUGGUGGCAAACACCAAGUGGGUCAGACCACGCAUCCAGUAUUUCUUUGCCGUCUCUAUUAUUUACAAUGGGGUUUGCCACCUCUUGGUCCCCAUGUCCACCACCUAUGCUGGCUUCUGCAUUUAUGCUGGCUUCUUUGGCUUUGCCUUUGGCUGGCUGAGCUCGAUCCUGUUUGAGACCCUGAUGGACCUGGUGGGAGCUCAGCGGUUCUCCAGUGCUGUUGGUCUGGUGACCAUCGUGGAGUGUUGCCCUGUGCUUCUGGGACCCCCUAUGCUAGGGAAGCUCAAUGACAUGUAUGGUGACUACAAGUACACGUACUGGGCCUGCGGGGUUGUCCUGAUCAUCGCUGGGAUCUACCUCUUCAUUGGGAUGGGCAUCAACUAUCGCCUGGUGGCAAAGGAGCAGAAGGCAGAGGAGAAAGCAAAGAAUGAAGGGAAGGAGGAAGAGACCAACAUCGAUGAGGCUGAGAAGCAGAAGGAGGCAAACAAUGAUGUGGCCCCCUCACCUCAGAAGAAUGUGGAGGAUGGUGUCAAAGAGGAGGAGAGCCGCAUGUGAGGGACUGGUCUUAAUCCCGGAGUGUCGGGGAAGCGCUGCUGCCCUGGUGCGGCGGCUGGGGCAGAGCUCUGCUGGCGCUGGGUGGCCGUGAGAAGUGUUUAAACCAGGUGUUCAUUUUUAAACAGGCUCUGAAUUGUCUUUCCAUCUGUGUUAAACAAAGGUAACAGGACUACAUAUGCAGUAUCCUCAUGUGUCCAGGGGCAGGGGGCUUUUAUAGUCUGGCUUUUUAACAGUAACAUGAAUGUACUAAUAUGUGCCUUACAGUCUCCAUAUCUAGCUGAAUCUGAAGGAGCCUUAACUCUAAACUGUGCUUCAGCUCUGUAUUCUGCUUGGGGGUGGGGGGAUAUGUGUGUGUUUUGGGGAGUUUUGUUGUUAAAAAGCCAUAAAAGCAGGAUACUGGAUUUGUUGAAGCAUGUUGGGCUUCAGGGCCGGCCCUGAAUGAAUACUGCUUCACACGCUUCUUACUGCAGGCCCUCUGCGGGGGAGAUGUGGGCAUGGGGCAAGGUGCUCCUCAACCCCCGUGCUCAGUGCCUCCUGGCUCUUUAGGUGGUCUUUAGGUAUGUUUUGAAAACACUUUAGCUACUGUAGUUCUUUAAAAUCCCUGUUUUUGUAGCUGUUCUCUCAUGGGAUAUUCAGGUUGAAGAAAGAUAGCUGCAGUUCUUGUUGGACAGCAUCACCCACUCCAGGGCUGUGGCAGCCCUGCUUGCCCAAGCCUUCCUUGGGGAGUGUUGGGGUUCCCCCUGCAUCCCCACUCUGCCUCGAUAGUGCCUCUUCUCAGCCCAGUGCAGUGUGAUGUGAAAUGGGUUCAGGUUGUGGUGCUGGCAUUCAUGCUGCUGUCGGCUGUGCUGCCCCAUCCUGCUCGUGGGGUGGAUUUCCACCAGAGCAUCCCUUCCAGCCAAGUGUUUUGGGUGCCUGACCUCGGGCAGAGUGGUGAGGUGGGUGGACAUGGUACAUCCCUGAGACUUUAUCUGCUUUUGCUCUUUUAUCUGUUAGAGAAACCUCUUUUACUUGCUUCUGUUCAACUGAGAUCUUAAGGCAGUGGAUGCUGAACCUCUCACAUCUAGGACACGUAAGGGGGAGGAAAGAAUUUGUAUGUAUUUAUUUUUUAUUUUUUAGUGUUGGAAAAUAUCUCACGUAUGUGGAGCAGGUUAAUGGCUCUCAAGUUCUAGUAAAUGUUGAUCAGAAUUCAUGUUAAGAGGCUGAGUUUUUUCAAAUAAACUUGUUUUUUUACAAUUUA